UACCUAUAAAUAUUAUUAAUAUUUAAUAGAUUAAUUUUUUUGUAGUUAUACUAUUAUAAUUAAUUAUACAUUUGCCAGUUAUUUCUGUUAGGUAUAGGCACAUCAACUAACUAUGCGUGUAAUUAUCUAAGGAGGUACACUAUGGUACCUACUCGCUACUAUGUGCAUUUAUUAUAUGUGUACUGCAACGACAUAAUAGGUAUCCUACCUACAUGCUCUUAUUUCUUUGUUUCAGCUUUCACUACCAAAUCGGUAACCAUGGUUAUUAUUUAAUAACAAUUUAUUUAGAAUAAGUAGAUACAUAAAAACAUAUUUGACACUACAAAUACUAUUGACAUAGGUACUUACAAAUAUUUUAUUUUUACCUUACACAAAUUCUAAUAAUUACCUACUCAGCAUAACUCGAUAAUAAAACAAAAUUAUGGAAUCCUUAAUUCAUACAAUCAACAAGUUGCAAGAAGUGUUUGCAGUUAUUGGUGAUCACAAAAUUAAUUUUCCCCAGAUCGUUGUUGUCGGAUCUCAAAGUUCUGGAAAAAGCUCGGUACUCGAGAGUUUGGUGGGUAAAUCUUUCUUACCUCGAGGUACUGGUAUUGUAACUCGUGCUCCACUGAUUCUCCAAAUAGUAAGAUAUAAUAAAGAAGAUAGAGAAUCUAUGUUGGAAAUAACAAAAAAUGAGAAAAUUAAAGAAUGGGCAUGGUUUUUACACAAACCUAACACUGUGUUUCAUAAUUUUGAUGAAGUGCGUUCUGAAAUUGAAAAUAGAACAAAUUAUCUAGCUGGUCACAAUAACGGCAUAACGCACGAGCCAAUUGUUUUAAAAGUAUUUACUGUUUUAUAUGAUCUAACUUUUGUAGAUUUACCGGGAAUCACGAAACUCCCUGUUGGUGAUCAGCCCGAAGACAUUGAUGAACGAAUUCAAGAAUUAAUAUUAACUUAUGUAAAACAACCAAAUUCUAUUAUUUUGGCCGUGGUUACUGCUAAUACGGAUCCCUCUACUAGCGAGAGUCUGAAGAUUGCUAGGAAAAUUGAUCCAGAUGGGACAAGGACAGUCGCUGUAGUAACCAAGCUAGAUCUUAUCGACAAGGGUACAAUCCAAGACACAGUAGAACUACUUUGUGGUUACAAAAUCCCUGUUAAGCUUGGCAUAAUUGGAGUCGUAAACCGAAGUCAAAAAGAUAUUUUUGACAAUAAAUCCAUGAAAGAAACUUUGAAAUCCGAGAAGGAAUUUUUAAAAGCCAACUACCCCGAAAUCCACAAAAAACAUGGGAAUCAAAUGUUAGCUAAUACUCUGCAGAAUAUACUAUUAAUGCAUAUCAAAAAAACAUAUCCAGUGUUGCGCAAGGAAUUAUAUGAUACCAAAGAUCGAUUAGAAAACCAACUAAAAACAUUGAAAACGCCGGACCAGAAGGUUUCAUUCGUCUUAGGUUUAUUGAAUGAAAUGUGUAAAUCAUACUGCGAUACAGUCGCUGGAAAUAGAAAAGAUUUAUCCGAAAGCACACUUGUUGGGGGUGCAAAAAUUUCACAAAUCAUACAUAAUGAAUAUGUAGAAAAAUUAGAUAAAAUUGAUCCACUUCUUGACUUAACCGAUGAAAAGAUCGGUAACAUUUUGUUAAAUUCAGCUGGGACCAACAAAAGUUCAUUUGUUAACGAGAAAGCAUUAGAAAUUAUGGUGGGCAAACAAUUACAAAAUCUUAUUGAACCAGCAAUGGUUUGUAUUGACCUAGUCAGUGCUGAAAUGUUGAGGAUUUUUGAAUCUAUCGAUCAAAGUAUUUUGGAUACGCUCAAACGAUUUCCAAAAUUGAUUUCUGAUGUAAAAAUGGUGCUGAAUCAAAUGAUAGAUUACACAUUAUUAAGCAUUAAAGAAUUUAUAAGAUCAUAUAUUGAAACCUAUCAGGCAUGCUUGAAUACAACAAACCCAGAUUUCAUCUUAGAACUAGUAAAAUCGUCUGAUGUGAUUCAGGAUGCAUUUAUAUCAGCUCAUGUCACAAACAAAAAAGGUUUGACAAAUGAUGAAUUUACAAAGGCUGAAGAAGAAAGAACAAAACAAUUAUUUAAACAAAUACUAUCAGGUCUUAACGAUCUUGAUAAAACAAUGGAAUCUUCUAAACAAGUCAAAAUGCAUAAAAAUUUAACGCGUUGUUACUUUGAAUUUGUCAGGAAAAAUGUGAGAGAUUUUGUGCCAAAACGUAUAAUAUUUAAGAUGGUGAAUCAUGUUUUGAAUAAUAUUGAAAAUUGUAUGCACAAAUUAGUGUUUACUCCAUAUGUAGUUAAUCGAUCUAUUGACCAAGUACUGGUUGAAGAGGAACAUAUAGUUGAUGAUAGACAGAGAGUUGAGCGGCUGCUGGUUGCUGUAAAUAAAGCAUUGAAAAAUAUGGCAGAUAUCCAAGUAUAUUAAAAUGUGGAUUUAUAACUGUAAUAUAAAAAUCUAAAAUUAUAUAUAAUGAAUAAAUUGUACAAAUAAUACAUUUUAAAUCCUCACAAACCUAGUUGUUGUUGUAUUAUAUCGGUACCUAAUUUAGAGGGUGAUUUCAAUUUUUUUUUGGUAACAACGCAUAUUGUAUUGAGCAGGUCACUUUAUUGUUUUUCAAAAUAUUUUAGAUUAUUAAUUGUGUAUUUGUGUAUUUGUACGAAACUGUUAAACGACAUAAUACUUUGAUCCAAAUUCCGCAAGUUACCCUGGACGAGGAGAGUGAGAUGUUUCAAUAGAAUAAAAAGCAAUCCAUGCAUUCACGGCUUAAUUUAUUUAUUUAUUAUAAUUUAUAGCACUUAAUUAUUACAACAAGCCUUAAUAAAUGUCUUAAAUUCGUCUGUUUUUAGAAGGCCGACAGUUAUAAUAUGGGUACAUAGGUAUACCUAUACUCAAAUCUAUAUAUACCUACCCUGCGAAAAAUGACACUCCUGAUCUAAUAACUCAUAUUGUAAUUUGUAUUAUCUAUCAAAUAAGUUAUUAUGAUCUUAUAAAAUAGGAACUGAAUAAAUAUUAAAUCUUGAUAUUUUAAGUUGUAAUAUAGAUAAAUUAAAAAAAAAGUAAAAAGUAGUUGUAAUUAUAGUUGAUAACAGCGGUAAGGUCUACAACUAUGAAAUUGCGUGCAAGCUACCUACAUCAUUAAAUCAUUACUAGGGCAGAUUACCUGUAGCUCUAAAAAUCACCAAAUAUGCACUAAAAUGAACAAAAUAUGCAUUCAUAAAUGUAUAAUAGUAAUAAUAUCUUAUGCAGUGAACAAUAUAAUCUGUACAUAAAUAAAAUUAAUAACCGAAAAAUAAGUCUAAUCGGCAAUAAUCGAGAAGUGUCUCUAGGAAAAACAUAGUUGGGAAAUUUAAUUCAAUUUAAUAACCAUAUUAAUAUGAUCAAAAUUUAAAAUAAUUUUUAAUUCAACAUUAUUUUAGUUAAAUUAAAUAAAAAUUUUAAAAAUGACAAAUUAUUGAAAAUAUGCAUCUUAAAGUAUAGAAUUGAAGAAAUAGGCACUAAAACCAAAAAAAAUCUCGAAAUUAGCAUAUAUAUGCAAAAUAAAAUUUCAAAACUAGCUUUGUUUCAGCAUGUAUAGUUGAUUGGUUUUGUUGUAAUUCAAAAGUAUCAUUCAUGGGUACUUGAAACUUUUAGUGGAU